GUGUCGUUCCCGAGCAUGUGGGGGGCAGAAGGCGACGACGGGGCUAUUUUGAUGGUCCUGGGCAGGCCCUUUCCCUGGCGUCUCAGGCCGGGACCCUCUGUGCUUUCAGGACACUUUACUUCAGCAGAAGACCUGAACCUGCUGAUCGCUAAGAACACCCGCCUUGAGAUCUAUGUGGUCACCGCCGAGGGGCUGCGGCCCGUCAAGGAGGUGGGCAUGUAUGGGAAGAUUGCCGUCAUGGAGCUCUUCCGGCCCAAGGGGGAGAGCAAGGACCUGCUGUUCAUCCUGACCGCCAAAUACAACGCCUGCAUCCUGGAGUACAAGCAGAGCGGCGAGAGCAUUGACAUCAUCACUCGGGCCCAUGGCAACGUCCAGGACCGGAUUGGCCGUCCCUCAGAGACAGGCAUCAUUGGCAUCAUUGACCCCGAGUGCCGCAUGAUCGGCCUGCGGCUCUACGAUGGCCUGUUCAAGGUCAUCCCCCUGGACCGCGACAACAAGGAGCUCAAGGCCUUUAACAUCCGCCUGGAGGAGCUGCACGUCAUUGACGUCAAGUUCCUCUACGGUUGCCAAGCCCCGACCAUCUGCUUCGUCUACCAGGACCCUCAGGGGAGGCAUGUGAAAACCUACGAGGUGUCUCUCCGAGAGAAGGAGUUCAACAAGGGGCCCUGGAAGCAGGAGAACGUGGAGGCAGAAGCGUCCAUGGUGAUCGCAGGGGACGUGGGUUUAAUUUCUAAUGACCGCCUUCCCUGCUGGCAGCAAAGCACUAUUGUGUGCCACAACCGUGUGGAUCCCAAUGGUUCCCGCUACCUGCUGGGGGACAUGGAAGGCCGGCUCUUCAUGCUGCUGCUGGAGCAGGAGGAGCAGAUGGAUGGGGCCGUCACCCUCAAGGACCUGCGAGUGGAGCUCCUCGGGGAGACUUCAAUUGCUGAGUGCUUGACCUACCUGGAUAACGGGGUGGUGUUUGUCGGCUCCCGCCUGGGUGACUCCCAGCUUGUGAAGCUCAACGUUGACAGUAACGAGCAGGGCUCCUACGUGGUGGCCAUGGAGACCUUCACCAACUUAGGCCCCAUCGUCGACAUGUGCGUGGUGGACCUGGAGAGGCAGGGCCAGGGCCAGCUGGUCACGUGCUCUGGAGCUUUCAAGGAAGGCUCCUUACGCAUCAUUCGGAACGGGAUCGGGAUCCACGAGCAUGCCAGCAUCGAUCUGCCUGGCAUCAAAGGCUUGUGGCCACUGCGCUCCGACCCUACCCGGGAGACGGAUGACACUCUGGUGCUGUCCUUUGUGGGCCAGACGAGAGUGCUUAUGUUGCAUGGCGAGGAGGUGGAGGAGACGGAGCUGACGGGCUUCGUGGAUGACCAGCAGACGUUCUUCUGCGGCAACGCGGCUCAUCAGCAGCUCAUCCAGAUCACCUCCGCCUCGGUGAGGCUGGUUUCUCAGGAGCCCAAGGCCCUGGUCAGCGAGUGGAAGGAGCCCCAGGGCAAGAACAUCAGCGUGGCCUCCUGCAAUAGCAGCCAGGUGGUGGUGGCUGUGGGCAGGGCCCUGUACUACUUGCAGAUCCACCCCCAGGAGCUCCGACAGAUCAGCCACGUGGAGAUGGAGCACGAAGUGGCCUGCUUGGAUAUCACCCCACUGGGCGACAGCAGUGGGCUGUCCCCUCUGUGUGCCAUUGGGCUCUGGACAGACAUCUCCGCUCGGGUCCUGAAGCUGCCUUCCUUCGCACUGCUGCACAAGGAGAUGCUGGGCGGGGAGAUCAUCCCUCGCUCCAUCCUCAUGACCACCUUUGAGAGCAGCCACUACCUCCUUUGCGCCCUGGGUGAUGGUGCGCUUUUCUACUUUGGGCUCAACCUCGAGACAGGCUUGUUGAGUGACCGGAAGAAAGUGACUCUGGGCACCCAGCCCACGGUCCUGAGGACUUUCCGUUCUCUGUCUACCACCAACGUCUUUGCUUGCUCCGACCGCCCCACUGUCAUCUACAGCAGCAACCACAAGCUGGUCUUCUCCAAUGUCAACCUCAAGGAAGUGAACUACAUGUGUCCCCUCAACUCGGAUGGCUACCCCGACAGCCUGGCCCUGGCCAACAACAGCACCCUCACCAUCGGCACCAUCGAUGAGAUACAGAAGCUGCACAUCCGCACUGUCCCGCUCUAUGAGUCCCCCAGGAAGAUCUGCUACCAGGAAGUGUCCCAGUGCUUUGGGGUCCUCUCCAGCCGCAUCGAAGUCCAAGACACAAGUGGGGGCACAACGGCUCUGAGGCCCAGUGCCAGCACCCAGGCCCUGUCCAGCAGUGUCAGCUCCAGCAAGCUGUUCUCCAGCAGCACGGCGCCUCACGAGACCUCUUUUGGGGAGGAAGUGGAGGUGCACAACCUUCUCAUCAUCGACCAGCAUACCUUUGAAGUGCUUCACGCCCAUCAGUUCCUACAAAACGAGUACGCCCUCAGCCUGGUGUCCUGCAAGCUGGGCAAGGAUCCGAACACGUACUUCAUCGUGGGCACCGCCAUGGUGUACCCCGAAGAGGCGGAGCCCAAGCAAGGCCGGGUUGUGGUCUUCCAGUAUUCUGAUGGCAAGCUGCAGACGGUGGCUGAGAAGGAAGUGAAAGGCGCCGUGUACUCCAUGGUGGAGUUCAACGGGAAGCUGCUGGCCAGCAUCAACAGCACGGUGCGGCUCUAUGAGUGGACGACCGAGAAGGAGCUUCGCACUGAGUGCAACCACUACAACAACAUCAUGGCCCUCUACCUGAAGACCAAGGGGGACUUCAUCUUGGUGGGCGACCUCAUGCGCUCGGUGCUGCUGCUGGCCUACAAACCCAUGGAGGGGAACUUCGAAGAGAUUGCUCGGGACUUUAAUCCCAACUGGAUGAGCGCCGUGGAGAUCUUAGACGAUGACAACUUCCUGGGGGCAGAGAAUGCCUUUAACUUGUUUGUGUGUCAGAAGGACAGCGCUGCGACCACCGACGAGGAGCGGCAGCACCUCCAGGAGGUGGGGCUCUUUCACCUGGGCGAGUUUGUCAACGUCUUCUGCCACGGCUCGCUGGUGAUGCAGAAUCUGGGUGAGACCUCCACUCCGACCCAGGGCUCGGUGCUCUUCGGCACAGUCAAUGGCAUGAUCGGCCUCGUGACCUCCCUAUCAGAGAGCUGGUACAACCUCCUGUUGGACAUGCAGAACCGGCUCAACAAAGUCAUCAAGAGCGUGGGCAAAAUCGAACACUCCUUCUGGAGGUCCUUUCACACAGAGCGGAAGACAGAACCAGCCACGGGCUUCAUCGACGGGGACUUGAUUGAGAGCUUCCUAGACAUCAGCCGACCUAAGAUGCAGGAGGUUGUGGCCAACCUGCAGUAUGACGACGGCAGCGGUAUGAAGCGGGAGGCCACUGCAGACGACUUGAUCAAGGUCGUGGAAGAGCUGACUCGGAUCCAUUAGCCAAGGGCAGCAUUCCCUGCCCCUUUCCUCCCCCCACCGUAUUGGCUGCGGGGGAAACCUCACAGAGCCACCGAGCUGCAUGGCAGUGGAUUUCUUAGAACUAAAGCCUUGCCGGGUCUCGUAUGAUUCAGCCUCUCCCUUGGGCACCCAGCCUGGACUGGCAUCUGGAAGAAGCCUGGGUCUCUUGUCUCACUCCUGCGUUGUCCUCUGCUAUCCUUUCGUGUGGGGCGGGGGUGUG